GCGAAGGCGGCGUUGGCGGAGUCAGUUCGGGAGACUCGGGGCCGGGAUGGGUCUCAGCGCAGCCGACGGCGGGGGCGGCCCGGGCGCCGGGGAUCUGGAAUCUCUUGAUGCCUAUAUCCAGAGGACGCUCUCUGCCUUGUACCCACCGUUUGAAGCCACGGCAGCCACAGUGCUCUGGCAGCUGUUCAGCGUGGCUGAGAGGUGCCACGGUGGGGAUGGGCUGCACUGCCUCACCAGCUUCCUCCUCCCAGCCAAGAGGGCCCUGCAGCACCUGCAGCAGGAAGCCUGUGCCAGGUACAGGGGUCUGGUCUUCCUGCACCCAGGUUGGCCGCUGUGUGCCCAUGAGAAGGUGGUGGUGCAGCUGGCGUCCCUGCACGGAGUCCGGCUCCAGCCCGGGGACUUCUACCUGCAGGUCACGUCGGCGGGGAAGCAGUCAGCUAGACUGGUCUUGAAAUGCCUGUCCCGGCUGGGAAGGGGCGUAGAGGAAGUCACCAUCCCUGAGGCCAUGUAUGGCUGUGUCUUCACGGGGGCAUUCCUGGAGUGGGUGAACCAGGAACGGAGCCACGUUCCCCUGCGCACCUGCCUGCUGACCUCAGGCUUGGCUGUCCACCGAGCCCCGUGGAGCGACAUCACUAACCCUGUCUUUGUCCCCAGCCCUGGAGCCAUCCUGCAGAGCUGCUCCAGCUGCACAGGUCCCGAGCAGCUGCCCAGCAGCCCCUCAGAGGCCCCAGCCCCCACCCAAGCCAUGGCAGGCCCCCAUUUCCAGGGAAGCACCCCUUCCCCCGACACCCUGACCCCACCCUGCCGCCGAGGGCGUGUGGGCAGCGACCAGCUCAGGCACCUUCCUUACCCAGAAAGAGCCGAGCUGGGAAGGCCCCGGACCCUGUCUGGAAGCUCAGACAGGGACUUCGAAAAGGUCAGCCCCUCAGAGCAGGGCCCACGGAUGCCCCCUGAGAACUGCGGGGGAUUGGAGCAGAAGCCGGACCAGGAGGAGGGCCCCAAGAGCCUCACCUUCCACACAGACCUGGACAUCCCGAGCAGCAGGAGGCGGCCGCCAGGGGACUCCAGUUGUGUGCCGCCUAGACGUUGGUUCAGGGAGUCGUACAUGGAGGCCCUGCGGAACCCCAUGCCCCUGGGCAGCUCUGAGGAGGCCCUCGGGGGCCCGGCCUGCAGCUCCCUGGCUGGAGCCAGCAGGGACCCGGGGACUGGGACAGCAGCCAGUGGGACUCAGGAGGAAACCUCUGGUCCCUGGGGAGACCCCCAGCAGACCCCGAGUCUAGAGAAGGAGAGGCACACGCCCAGCCGGGCAGGUCCAGGAUCCGCGGGGCGGACCCUUCCCAGGAGGUCUCGGUCCCGGGAAAGGGCGCCCAGAAGCUCCGGAGGGGCCCAGGCUGCAGCCUGCCACACCUCCCACCACUCAGCCGGCGCCAGGCCUGGGGGCCACCUAGGAGGACCAGCUGUGGGGACCCCAAACUGUGUCCCAGUAGAGGGUCCCGGCUGCAUCAAAGAGGAAGACGUUCUUGCGUCCUCAGCCUACGUCAGCACAGACGGCGGCAGCUUCCCUUGCCACAACCCCAGCGGGCUUUCUGAUGCGCCUGCCCAGCAGCCACACCCUGAGCAAGAAGGGUGGCCGCUGGGCACAGGGGACUUCCCCAGCCAGGUGCCCAAGCGGGUGCUGGACGUCAACCAGGAGCUGCUGCAGUCCGGGGUCAUCACCCUCCCAGGGACCCGAGACCGUCAGGGCAGAGCGGUGGUGCAGGUCCGCACCAGAAGCCCGCUCUGGACCAGGGAACACUCAUCCUGCGCCGAGCUAACCCGACUGUUGCUGUACUUCCAUAGCAUCCCCAGGAAGGAGGUCCGGGACCUGGGUCUGGUCGUCCUGGUGGACGCACGCAGGAGUCCAGCCGCCCCUGCCGUCUCCCAGGCCCUCGCGGGAUUGCAGAACGACACAUCUCCUAUAAUUCAUAGUAUCUUGCUGUUGAUAGAUAAAGAAUCUGCAUUUAGGCCUGACAAGGAUGCAAUAAUUCAGUGUGAGGUCGUGAGCUCCCUGAAGGCCCUGCACAAAUUUGUCGACAGCUGCCAGCUGACCACAGACCUCGACGGCUCCUUUCCCUACAGCCAUGGUGACUGGAUCUGCUUCCGUCAGAGGCUGGAACACUUCGCUGGAAACUGCGAAGAAGCCAUCACUUUUCUACAGAAUUCAUUCUGCUCCCUGAACACCCACAGAACCCCAAGUACAGCCCAGGAAGUCACCGAGUUAAUUGACCAGCACGAGACGAUGAUGAAGCUUGUCCUGGAAAACCCACUGCUUGUGUCCCUCAGGCUGGAGGGGGGCACCGUCCUGGCACGGCUGAGGAGAGAAGAACUCGGCACAGAAGAUGGCCGGGACACCCUGGAGGCUGCCACCAGCCUGUACGACAGAGUGGAUGAGGAGGUGCACAGGCUGGUCCUCGCCUCGAACAGUCGUCUCCAGCAGCUGGAGCGCCUCCGGGAGCUGGCAUCGCUCCAGGACGGGAAUGACCAGCAAUCCUGCCAGAAAGGACUGCAGCUGGUGAAGCAGAACCCGCAUCAUACAGAGGAAAUGGUCCAGGAUUUCAGAAGGGGCCUGAGCGCCGUGGUCAGCCAGGCUGAGUACAGGGAGGGAGAGCUGGCCAGGUGGACCCGCCCAUCCGAGUUGUGCGAGACGGCGAGCAGCUGGAUGGGGCCCCUGGACCCGGAGGCUUAUCCCUCCUCACCCGUGGCUGAGUGUUUGAGGAGCUGUCACCAGGAGGCUACCUCGGUGGCUGCAGAGGCCUUCCCCGGGGCAGGUGUGGCAGUGCUGAAGCCUCAAACCCUGGGGAGACCGUGGGCAUCGCCGCAAGACCUGUGGCUGCAGUGCCCUCAGACCCGGCUCCAUCUGGAAGAGGCCCUUGCUGAGGCCACCCCAGGCCCCAGCUUACCGCCUCUUGCCCAGAGCCCCCCAAAGCAUGAGUGUGCUCAGGAGGCCAUGAGGAGGCCCCAUAAGCCACCCUCAGUUCCCAGCACGGACACUGAGGAUGGUGCCUGGGAACCUGGCCUCCCUGGACGAGCACUUCUGUGUGGACAGGAUGGGGAGCCCCUGGGCCCAGGGCUGUGUGCUCCAUGGGACCCAGUGUCCCCCCUCAGGGGCCUUUCAGGGACAGCGGCCACCAUGGCCCACCCGGAGGACAGCUCUGCCUGCUCCUCUGAGCCCACCCAGACCCCGGCCAGCCGCCCCAGAAAACAUCCCCAGAAGAAAAUGGUAAAGAAAAUGCAAAGUUUCGAGAUACCUCAGCCCGACAGUGGCCCCAGGGACUCCUGCCAGCCAGGCCAUACCAGUGUCUUCAGCAAGGGCCUGGAGGUAACCAGCACUGUGGCCACAGAGAAGAAGCUCCUGCUGCAGCCGCAGGCCAGGAGCCACCCGGUCACUCGGAGCCAGAGUCUGUCCUCUCCCUCGGGGCUCCACCCUGCUGAGGAGGACGGGAAGCGGCAGGUGGGCAGCAGCCGACUGAGGCACAUCAUGGCCGAGAUGAUCGCUACGGAGAGGGAGUACGUCCGGUGCUUAGGAUACGUCAUCGACAACUAUUUUCCGGAAAUGGAGAGAAUGGACCUGCCCCAGGGCCUUCGAGGGAAGCACCACGUUAUUUUCGGCAACUUGGAGAAGCUCCACGACUUCCACCAGCAGCACUUCCUCCGGGAGCUGGAGCGCUGCCGGCACUGCCCCUUGGCCGUGGGCCGCAGUUUCCUGAGACACGAAGAGCAGUUUGGGAUGUACGUGGUCUACAGCAAGAACAAGCCGCAGUCGGACGCCCUGCUCAGCAGCCACGGCAACGCCUUCUUCAAGGACAAGCAGCGGGAGCUGGGUGACAAGAUGGACCUGGCCUCCUACCUGCUGCGGCCCGUGCAGCGCGUGGCCAAGUACAAGCUGCUGCUCCAGGACCUGCUCAAGGAGGCCAGCCGCGGCCCGGCCCAGGGGCAGGAGCUGGGCGAGCUCCGAGCCGCCGAGGUCGUGGUCUGCUUCCAGCUGCGCCACGGCAAUGACCUGCUGGCCAUGGACGCCAUCCGCGACUGUGACGUGAAUUUGAAGGAACAGGGGCAGCUGAAAUGCCAAGAUGAGUUUAUCGUUUGCUGCGGGAGGAAGAAGUAUCUGAGGCACGUGUUCCUCUUUGAAGACCUCAUCCUGUUCAGCAAGACCCAGAAGGUGGAGGGCGGCCACGACGUCUACCUGUACAAGCAGUCUUUCAAGACGGCCGAGAUCGGGAUGACAGAGAACGUCGGGGACAGUGGCUCGAGGUUUGAGAUUUGGUUUCGCAGGCGGCGGAAAUCUCAGGACACCUACAUUCUCCAAGCAAGCUCGGCAGAGGUCAAGCGCGCGUGGACCGAUGUGAUAGGGAGGAUCCUGUGGAGGCAGGCGCUGAAGAGCAGAGAACUCAGAAUCCAAGAAAUGGCAUCCAUGGGGAUAGGCAACCAGCCAUUCAUGGACGUCAAGCCCAGCGACCAGGCCCCCAAAUGUACAGUGAUAAGCGACCGGGCCCGCAACAGCAUCAUCAAGGGCACAGAGUCACAAAUGAGAGGGCCCACCGCGGUGUCCUCCUCUGACCAGGCCACCCCCUUCAAGCGACCACACUCCACCAUCUCGGACAGCAGCACCUCCUCUUCCAGCAGCCGGUCCUCCUCCAUCCUGGGGUCGCUGGGCCUGCUUGUGUCCUCCAGCCCAGCCCACAGCCCCUGGUCAUCUGACAUCAGAGCCUGCAUCGAGGAAGACGAGCCGGAGACGGGCACCCAGGCUGCAGUGCGUGAGGGCGCUCCUGCUGUGUUGUAAGCCACGCACGCCAGGCCUGACGACCAUGGGGGUGGCGAUGCCCAUCGCAUAGCUAGAACAAUACGUAGGGAGCAGCAUGCCAGGCCUGACCACUGUGGGGGUGGCGGUGCCCAUCGCAUAGCUAGAACGAUACGUAGGGAGCAGCAUGCCAGGCCUGACGACUGUGGGAGGGGCGAUGCCCAUCGCAUAGCUAGAACGAUACGUAGGGAGCAGCAUGCCAGGCCUGACGACCGUGGGGGUGGCGAUGCCCAUCGCGUAGCUAGAACGAUACGUAAGGAGCAGCAUGCCAGGCCUGACCACUGUGGGGGUGGCGGUGCCCAUCGCGUAGCUAGAACGAUACGUAGGGAGCAGCAUGCCAGGCCUGACGACUGUGGGAGGGGCGAUGCCCAUCGCGUAGCUAGAACGAUACGUAGGGAGCAGCAUGCCAGGCCUGACCACUGUGGGGGUGGCGGUGCCCAUCGUGUGGCUGGAACAAUCCAGAGGGAGCAACACAGCAGGUGUCCAGGUAUUUCCCAGGAUUUUAGACACUCCCUAACAUUUUCAAACAAAUUUAAAAUGUUGUCUUAUUUGAAAAAAAAACCUUCCACUUCCACCCAAGACAACAUCAUAGGAAACAGACCUAAAACAAGACAAAAAACAGACUAAACAUGAAACAAAAGAUGUCAAGACACAAGACAUUUGGCAGCAAAGGACCAUGAUCCCUGAGAGACAGGAAAACGGGAGGUGAGCCUGGUGGUGGCCUCAGACCUCCCUCCGCCUUGAGAGUUCGCAGGCCUCCGUGCAGGGAGGGGCCCAGGAAGAGCCCAGCAGCCUCCGUGAGUUGAAGAGACCAAGUCAGCAGGACUUUGCAGGUCGGAGUGCCAGAGAGAGAUGCCUGCGUGGGGAAGGACUCAUCAGAUCAGCCCCUCCAGCAGCCGGUGGGGUGCUGCCAUUCUCACACUCCGACAGGGAGGCUACCAAGGCUGGGAGAGACCUUUGAAAAGACCAAAGAUCCCUUUCUGGUACUCGUGGGCUGGGGACAGGACCCCCUCCCACCAGCCAGACUGGGAAAACUCGCGAUCUGUGAGCAUUAGGUGGAGUUCUCAGAAAAUCUUGCCUCAGGACUGGGGAUAAUUAGCCCUAGACUGAGCCCUGCUCCUCACCCACCUACAAAAUCAUAAAAGCAAGACCUGAAAUGAUCGGACUGUUCCCAGAUAAUUCACUCCAUCCCAGAACAAAGCUCCAGACGAUCUAUAGGUUACCAAAGUGUCCGCACCCUGCAAGGUAAACGCUCAGUGCCUGACCUCCGAGUGCCAGGCGUGCAGAGGAGCAGCCAAGCGCAAGAGUCGCCCGGCAAAGGCAACCACCCGGAGCCGCCAUCGGUGCUAGAGUCGCAGAACUCAAACUGUGGCUGAAACCGCAGCCCAGACGUCCAGAAAGUUAAGAAAUAACGAGGAAGAGAUUAAGAAGACCCAGACCGACCUUACAGGGAUGAGAAACUACAAUAUUGACGGUAAAAACUACCCUGAAUGGGGUAACAGAUUGGAUUUCACAGAAGAGACCAUGAGGCACCUUGAAGACGCAUCAGUAGAAGCUAUUUGCAUUAGUCGGGCCUCCAGAGAGAUGGAACCAGUAGGAGAUAGACGAUGAUAGAUAGAUAGAUAGACAGACAGACUGACAGAUGAGAGAGGCCUUAGGGGCAUUGGCUGACACAAUUUUGGCAGGUCAAGAGCCCCA